GUUAGUCAAUAAUUUUAUUUCAUCAACUAAAGUCAUGUCGAAAGAACUCUCAAAAGUCGUUUACAACGAUCGAUAUGGAUAUGCGAUCGCAUACUAUCCUCCAUUACACAUGCGUGAUACAAAACUUGAAAUACUAGAACGUUCCAAAAAGAUUAAUUUGCCAAGUCUACGUCCUCGUUGUAAGCCAGAACCGACGAGGGUGUGGAAAUUAAGAGAAACGCCAAGUGACUUUUUAAAAAGGAAAAAUAUGGAAAGGGAAAUUGAAGUACUGCAUGAUACAUGUGCAAAGGCAAAAGAUCUGUUCAGAAAAGCCAGAGAUUUUGAUCAUAAUCGCAGUGAAAUGUUGUAUCCAAGCUACAAAAAUUCAAUUCAAAGUCGAAAUGUAAAUGAUGUCAUUCAUGAUGUAAAUGAGAUAUAUGAGACCUAUUUGAACAAGUCUAAACCUGAAAAGUCAGAAACUGAUAACGAGAAUCAAGAUAAUAUUGAAGAGCACCCGAAAAAAUCAGUAAUUCUAGAUAUUCAUGACAGUUGUGAGCAUAAAAUCUCAAAACGUCGCCAAGACGCAAUCCACGAGAUCCAAGUCUAUUGUGAAUCAAUUGAUAAGCUUUAUGAACGCAUUGAGCAGCUUUCGAAUGCCUUUAAUGAAGAAAAAGAAGAAAAGUGAUUUGUCAGUGCCAAAUAUUUUCAAUAAAAUAAUAAUUAUUUUCAAUUUCCUG